AUGAUUUCCGUUCAUUGCAAUCACGGAAGCAUUUCCGCUCAUCACACUAUUAGCUCUCCCUCUCUCGAAGAGGAACUUCGUCGCUUUUGGAAUAUUGAAGAAUUCCCACGACAAUCAAUUCUUACGCCGCAAGAACAACAGUGUGAAGAGCAUUUCUGCUCCACGCACUAUCGCGAGUCCGACGGCCGGUACAUCGUUCGCCUAUCGUUCAAAACGAGUCCUCCGAUCGAUAUCGGUAAUUCAAGAUUUCGCGCCGAAAAAAUGGUAAAUUCGCUAGUACGGAGAUUUCGCGAUAAACCCGAGUUAGCGAAAGAAUAUUCCGAUUUUAUCUCCGAAUAUCAACGUCUUGGGCAUAUGCUGCCAACACCGAUGCCUCAAGAUGAUAUCGAACAAACGUUCUAUCUCCCGCAUCACGGUGUGAUCCGGGAAAGCAGCUCAACCACGCGUCUUCGCGUCGUAUUCAAUGCUUCGAGCGUUACUUCGAACGAUACUUCACUCAACGACCAUUUACUCGCCGUCCUAAAUUACAAACCGAUCUCAUGUCAGUAA